AUGGGCCUACGGGGGAGGGGUAGUGGGGCGACCAAGGGGCGAAGGGUUCUAAUAAACCGAUUGGAGGAGGCUGGGGUUUUCCGCUGGCUGGGGACCAAUUCACCGCGCAGGGUUUGGUGGUUGGCUUAUAGGGGGAAGGACGCGACACGACCCAGGUUUGAGGACAGAGGAGAAGAUAACUUGUGCGAGCCGGCCGGGAGCGGGGCUGAGGAACACGUUGGGACUGAGAGAUACCAACCCGGCCUUACGCCGGACGAACAACAAGAAGAAGAGCUUCCGGAGAACACGAAACGGAGGGUGGCGUGGGUUCGGAGCGACGCGAUGCACGCGAUGGUGUCCACUCCAACAUGGGGGUACUUCUUGAACUUGUUCGAGUUGUCAAGACUCCUAGAUCUACCAGCGGAUGAUCUUCGCGCCGUGCUGCAGCCUCCAUGUGCCCGAAAGUCUGCGAUCGAGCAUGAACUGUUCCUCUCGACGUUCGGCAUUUCCCGGGGGUGUCAUGACGGGAAGCCCGCCUGGCAUUUGCUUGGAUGUGGGCACGCCGUCGCGCUAGGGGAAGAUGCGUGCAUGGAACUUCUGAGCAGGCCACCCCAGGCCGUUUUUAGGAGUGCGAUGAAGCGAAGAGAACCAAACGCCGGUAUUCCCUGGACUGUCGGCUGCGAGGCAGAGACACCUCUACUCCUAAAUGCACAUCGCCUUUCUUUAGAUGUAGAGAGGUCCCUGCAAUGUAGAAACUGCAAACCUAACUGCCCAAUCAAUGGGCCACGUCAUAGUUGGGAGUUCAUGCGGGGCGAGUCCGAGGCGACGGAAAUCCUAGGGGUAGACGCCGAGCUCAGAGUCAACUUUGAGUGCGUCAAUUGCCACUCGAUACACCUUGGGGUGCCUUUCCCUGCGAAGGGGGUGGGUUCUGAAGUCCAAUCGUGGUCGAUGGCGGAUGAGGUUGUGCGUGGGACUUUUGAUAGUAUCUCCAGUUGGCUUCGGGUACGUGCAGUAUCCCCCAGAAAGGCAAACAGCAUAGCGUCUCGUAGUAGAGAUGCUUCGCCACAUGAAGCCGCUGCGGAGGGGGAGGCCGCCGCUCGUUCAGUGGCUCCGAGCAGCGUGGAGGAGGAAGAAUCCGUCGGAUCCAGGGACGUGGACGAGGCGACGGUGGGGCGUGAGGGGGGGAUGCAAGGGGCACCCACAUCCAGAGAAGGGGACGGGGGCACAGAAGCAGACAAUGGGGCGGCUAUUAGUCGUGCUUCGGCGACGUUGCUGAAAGGCAAGAAUCCGGCGACACCGCGACUGUGA